UCGCUGAAGCCGAUCAUGACCUGCUGUGAAGGAUGGACGUCCUGCAAUGGAUUCAGCCUGCUGGUUCUUCUUCUACUGGGAAUAAUUCUCAACGCAAUCCCUUUAAUUGUCAACUUAGUUGAUGAAGGCCAGUUUUUGCAAAACCCCAUCUCUUGCUUUGAGUGGUGGUUCCCAGGAAUUAUAGGAGCAGGGCUGAUGGCCGUUCCAGCAACAACAAUGUCCUUGGCAGCAAGAAAGAGAGCGUGCUGCAACAACAGAAUGGGGAUGCUUCUGUCGUCACUUCUGAAUGUAUUCACGGUCAUUGGCGCAGUGUACUGCAUGUUGGUAUCUCUCCAGGCUCUCUUGGAAGGCCCUCUCAUUUGCAACUCUCAAGUGAACAGCACAUCCAGUUGUGAAUUUUCAUUCCGUAACUUAAGCGACAUCCAUCCGGAAUCCUUCAAUCUUCAGUGGUUCUUCAGGGAGUCCUGCUUGGAUCCUCUCGAGGUCAUGGAUCCCACCGUCAGUGGUGUCACGGCUGGGGACGGGAGGCACCACGGCUUGCACUUCGAUUCUGAAGAAAACAAACACCGGACGAUCCACUUAACAGUCUUCCUGAGCCUGCUGCUCGUGGCGAUUUUCCAGCUCCUGUUCGGGCUCAGUCAGAUGGCCGUCGGUCUUCUUGGCUGUCUGUGUGGCGUCACUAAGCGGAGAAGUAGGGUUGUGUAGUUUCGUGGCUGGCAAGUGGGAAUAUUAGCAGUUGGAAUGAUCUGAGGUUUGCGUUUAAAAGACACUCUUUCAGAAGUUCAAUAGUGGAACACUGUCCAGGAAGCCGCGGGAGUCUUUUUAGGCCAAAAGUUAUCUUUGAGGUGAUUAAAAAAAAAAAACUCAGCCUUUCACAGAAAACCAG